AUGCGGCUCAUUCACACCACCCAGUUGAAACUCUUCGAAUUCACAGAACGCGACAUUCCACACUACGCGAUCCUGUCUCAUACCUGGGAGUCCGGUGAAACCUCGUAUCAAGAUUUUGAGCGUCACGGCGCUGAUAAUGAUAUUGUCAUAUCUUCCAAAAUACUCCGAUGCUGCAGCCUGGCUGCCUCUGAAGGGUGGCAGUACGUAUGGGUCGACACUUGCUGCAUUGACAAAUCCAGCAGCGCAGAGCUGACCGAAGCCAUCAAUUCAAUGUUCAAAUGGUACCAAAAGGCGGAAGUGUGUUAUGCUCAUCUUGCAGAUAUCGAUCUCAAAACCGCCUGUCGUGAGACAAAACCCAAGAAAUUUGAUGAAAGUAGAUGGUUUACCCGUGGAUGGACAUUACAGGAGCUACUGGCGCCGGCGAGGGUCGUGUUCUACGAUUGUGACUGGAUUGAGAUUGGAUGUAAAGGGAGCCUCAGCCCUCAGAUCUCAAAGGCCUGCAAUAUCGCGGCGGCCUACCUUUUCCAACCCAUGAAUGCAAGUGUUGCCGCCAAAAUGUCGUGGGCUGCCCUUCGCGAGACAACAAGGACUGAAGACAUGGCUUACUGCCUCCUCGGUCUUUUCAAUGUCAAUAUGCCCCUGAUCUACGGCGAGGGUGACAAGGCAUUCAGGAGAUUACAGUUCGAAAUCAUCCAAACAUCUUCUGACCAGUCAAUACUCGCUUGGAAUUUCCCUGAUGUCUCUCCUUCGAUGACCCGGGGACGGACAAGAAGGCAUGCGGCGUAUGAGUACAAUUCCCUAUUAGCUCCUACACCUUUGUGUUUCAUUGAGUCCAGUAACAUAGUGCCCAUUGGCCACCAAAUCUUGAGCAAAAUUCGCUACUCUAUCACCAAUGGUAGCAUUUCUGCCGAAUUCUAUGUACGAGAAACUGAGGCCAACGAUAACAAUCCAUUCAAACACUAUGUCGCGCUUUUGGCUUGCGUUUGGGCGUCCGAUGCGCGAAGACCUAUUGCGAUACGUUUCCGUAAACCCAUCGGAUCGAAUCGUUCGUACAGAAUUUCUCAAGGAAGAAUUGAAGCUAUCAUGGAAGUCAACGACAUUUUUGAACGUGAUUUUGCUAUAGAGAGGUGGCAAUUUCAAUUAAAAACACACAUUUUCCCGAUACACAACGAAUCCAUUUUCCGCUCGCCUUUCCCCACGACACAAUACUCUGACCUCCGAGUUCGGCUUUUACCUACCGCAGUCGACGAAUUUUCUUACUUCGACGCUAGAAAGAACUUGCAUGGUCCCACCACUGUCAACAAGGUUCAGGACGCAACCCUCUCUAUGCCCUGUCAUGUGCACUUCAGUAAUUCCGACGGCCGAGCAUUUUACUUGUGGGCAGGAUCAGAUGCACUGAAAGUCGAUAUUUACAGUAAUGUGAUCGAAGGUGGGACACGAGUUAUGUCGAGCAUAGAUGCUGACACUUACAGAGGAACACUAAUAUACAGAAAGAAUGGCAAAAUCUCAAUACAAUCUUACAUGGAGGCUCUUGGGCCAGGAAAGUUUUUGUGGAUCAAACUUCGCUACAAGACUUUGGCCAAUGAACGGGAUACGGCCCAGUCUUUUAUUCUCGAUAUCGAUGUCACAGACAUAGACCGAUCUCGGAUCCUUGGAUAA